AUGUCGAAAGCAACGAUAGUGCAAGUGUCUCCAACAGACAAGCCUCCUUCCGAUCUAUCCUCAUUAACCGAAUACCUCGAAUCACUCGUCACAGCCAGCAUCGACGGCCUAAACACACGCACUCUAUCCACAUCCCAUCUCUGGUCCUUCGUCGCCGAUGACUUCACAUCCAGCGGCAUGGGUUUCGCCGCGACGUCGAAGAAGGCUCUGGAGGACGACUAUGUCGUUUACCGCGAGCAGUUUCCGGACCAUCGCCUCGAGAUCGAGAGCAUGACUACGACGCUCAAUUCUCGACUUAUCACCGGACACGUUUAUGCCAAUGUCCUCGUGGCUGGAGGGCAUGGAGUGCCGAUUGGGAUGUCUAGAAAUGUGGUAAUGGUUUUUGAGUUUCAGAAAUGUGAGGGUCGCUGGUGGCUUAAGGCAACGACGAGUCUGCCUGGGGAGGGUGGCGUUCUUGAGUGA